UUUACUCUUUGAUUCUUGAAACAAGACGAUUGAAAAAUGGGCGGAGGCGGGGGUAAAGAAGAAGAACAAGAUGGCAUGUCGGUACACUCUCCUUGCAAGGCUCCGCCAUCCUCAGCAUCUUCUCUCUCCAAGGAGCAAUCACAAGCUGAAUUGGAGCUUAGAUUUUUGGAGGCACUUGAAAUUUAUCCUCCUGGAAAAUUAAAAGGAUUUUCUGCAUCAGGCAUACAUCACCACUUUGUCCUUUAUGGUGUGACGGAUUUUCUCCGAAGAAGACUUGAUCGUCAAUUCUCUUCCGAAGAAGUGUUGCGCUUAUUAGAUCGUUUCUACAACUUGGAGAUGCUGCGAGGAGAGGAUGAAGAUGCAGAAUUCCCUAACCGCGAAGAGGAGUUCUCUUUGCCACAAAGUUAUUUCACCAAGGAAGAAUCUUGAACAAAGAAACUAAGGGAACAUGUUCUAAAUUUAACCAAUAGCUCACCAGAAUGUUCAAUUUUUGUUGAUCAAAGCACCAUAAUUGCUUUUUUUUUUUUUUUUUUUCUAAAAUUUUGUAUCUAUAUAAUUAUAGAAUGAGCACCUUUGUAAAUGGCCUAGUGUUUUGAGUUUGUUUUUACUCUACCUUUGUAAUGCUUGGCUUGCUUUUAUAAAGUUCGUUUAGGGUCUUGUUUUUGAUGGUAUGAUUGUGGAUGGCCCAUUAUUUGGUUCGACCCGUUAAAAACCAUCACUUGGUAUUUUUCUUUAUUAUCAUCAUCAUAUUUUGCUCAUUAAAGUUAUGAUUAAAAUUUGAGUGAAAAUGUUUUGUUUCAACUCGGCUUUAUCCAAUGGGUUAAAU